AUGCAGUUAUCCUUCAUAUUCUCCGGCCUUCUUCCCGGCCUUCUUCUUCUGCCGUCCUUCUGUCUGUCUCAAGACGUCCCGUUCGAUGUGGAUGGUGGUCUAGAAGGAUGCACCAUAACAGACACGGGCACCUACAACUCAGGCGGCACCAUCUCCGUCGCCGGCUGGACCAUCAAAGUCCCGCAAAACACCCAAGUCGGGUUCCCCGCCGCCUGGGUUUCCUGGCGUGAGUUCUGCGCCGACAUCGCUUUCAUGAAGGGGUUCGAAGUCACCGUCGUAGGCAACUCGAUCCCCCUCCACGGCCCAACAGCAGGCCAAAUCUUCAUCUCCCAAUUCUCCACCUCUUUCGGCCGGGGCUUGAUCUCCUCCAUUUCGUACGACGACGACGGGUCCAUCCAAUUAUCCCAGGGGCCCAAGCUGCGCAUCAACGACCCCCACGGCGUUUACUCGAUCGGAUACACCUCCCACCCGUUUUGGACGGCCGACGAUGAAAACCCUUCUAUUUCGUCCUUUAGUGGGUUCCCCAUGUGUGUACCCCGCAACGGUUCCGAUCCCUUGUGUCCAAUGACGAACCGGCCGACAUUAGGAGGUAGUAGUAGCAAACAAGGCACGUUCACGGCUCCGGACCCGAUGGUCAUGGCCCCUUUUGUUCCGGGGGACUUUGUCGAGUAUGCGGGAGUGUGGGUGGCAGGCGGAGAAAUGUUGGUUUACGAACUGGUCGCUACCAACGUACAGAUCUUGACUCCUGCUUCAUUCCCGGCUUUUAUUCGCAUGGAAGAUGUCUUGAUCGGGGUGUACAGCGGGGACGUAAAUGCCGAAGUGGCGCAGACGAGAUUCAUAGGGUACACCUCUGCUGCGUCGGGGACGUCCAGCUUGACGAUCCAUGCUGUUACCGGGUUUGAUGUCUGCACGGGGAAUAUCACCACCAGACCCGUCAGCGGAGGGUCACUGAUUGCCGGGCAAGUGCGCAACAAGUUCCGAACGGGGAUAACGAGUGUCGCGGGGGAUGUGUACGCGCGCGAGUACGUCAUACUGUCGACGACAAACCCAGUCAGGACAAAGAACGGGAUACUGGCCGGUCAAUAUAUCCAGCCGGUGACAGAAUGGAUUCAGCCGGAACUUACUACCCCGGGACUACCGCCUAUUCCUAAUGACUUUUCGGCGAUGGAACACCUGGUUAAAGGCCUGGGCAGGGACGAGGAAGGUCACGUCUGGGGUCCGCUUGAUCCGUUUCCGCAGUCGGGGGUGAUGGUUUCUGCUCCUGCUCCUGUUGUUAACGAGUGUCCCCCGCCACCUGUACCUUCACCAACUACCACUACCAUUCCCUCAAACGACGACCCCCAGCCGCAACCCACCACUGUCCCUCCCUCUCCCCCUUCUACGACAACCAUUACCCCCCCUGCGACCACAAAAGAUAUAAUUAAUAUCAUCUCCGCCACAUGGAUCAGUUCCGGCUCUGGAACCUUGACAGUAACAUGUACCUCGUCCAACACGACCAACACAGCGGUGGGCAUGCUUCUUGAUACACCCGUGCAGAUGGGGCUGGUGAUGACGGGAAGUACGAGCAAUCCGGGGACGUGGACGUUUUCGAGCGUGAAGAUUAAGCAGGUGGCGAGUGUGACGUGUAGGAGUAAGCUUGGUGGGAGUGCGACGGGGCAAGUGGUGGGGAAGGGGAAGAGGGAUGGAGAUGGAAAUGGAGAUGGGGAGGGGAUAGAGAGGAGGAGGUGGACGGUGGGGAGACGUGGUGUUAGGAGAAGGGGAGGCGUGGGGUCAGGAGUGAUGUAA